AAGUAAGUCGCGAAGCAUGCUGGGAGACCGAUGGCGAUCGUGAGCGGCUCCUUGGGAUUGAGAGCAGUCCUCCAAACACAGCCCUGUCAACGCGUAAUAUGACAUCGAAUAUUAUUCUAUAUUAUGGCAGAGGAUGAGGUCUCAAUUCAUGGAUCCAAGUUGAGCACUGUUGAAAGAUGUAAGGAGCGAGUGUCACGGCUGUUUGGGGUAACCACCCAUACAUCGUUCAUUGCUUUGAAAGACGAUGGGCCGUGCAAAAUUCGCUUGUGUGCUACGGGUACUCGUCCACAGGAAAGUUUGGAAAAGGCGAAAAUCUACUUGGAGGCAGUACUCGGUGAAAAUCCAACUGUCGUCUGCGACACCUUAAAUUUCUCUCAGCAAGACUUCGACAUGGUGUUAAAAUAUCAUGAAAAGAUUGAGUUUCUUUCACAAGCAUUCGUUGAUGUCCUCCCACAGUGUACUUUAAGAAUACAAGGCAAACAGACAAGUGUCAAAGUAGUAAGAGAUUGCAUCAGUCAAAUUCUUAAAAGAGACAGUGUCUUGCCGGUUCCUUUAGACAGAAAGAAAAUUUCUUCUUUGUCAGUCAGCUGUUUAGACUCUCCUAUCCUUGGGGAUCGCUUGAGUCCAGAGCACUUCACAGACGCCGCUCCCUUGUCGCCAGAAGUGUCUGAUCACCUCCGGUCUGAUGAAGUUGGUACUGAUAACACAGAAUCCAGUCAUUCUUCUCAGAGUGGAAACUACCGCCCCGAUGUAGGCCUCAUUGAGAGGGGCGCAUUUGUUGCAGACAUAGCAAAGUCACCCAUUUUAGUCACGGAAGGUGAAAGUUUUCGGGAGGAUAGUAUCAGUACGAGUUCGCGAAGCAACUCCACCCGAAUCUGAUCUGGACAUGGACAGGUUCAGCUCACCUGAGUACAAGGCCAAACUGGAGAAGGCUGUGAAGCUGGGCUACUCUGAAGAUCAGUUAAUUCAGGCAUUACAGAAACUGGGAUUUGAUGCUGACCAGAACCAAGUUUUGUCUGAGAUGAUCAAGUUGGGAUCGUCAUCGAAAGGCAACCAGGAGGACUCCAGUCGGUUUGAUGAAAAGAUUGACAGCUUUGAAGAUGUAGAAGGGCUCAUAGAGAGGAGGAAAAGAGAUGUGAUCGAUGACAGCAGCAACCUGCGCCACAUCGUCAUCGAUGGCAGCAAUGUUGCCAUGAGCCAUGGGAAGGAAGUGUUUUCUUGCAAUGGUAUUAAGCUUGCUGUGGAUUGGUUCCGACAACGCGGACAUGAGAAGAUCACAGUGUUUGUGCCACAGUGGAGGAAGGAGACUUCACGUCCCGAUGCCCCAAUCACAGAUCAGGACAUUCUGCUGCAGCUGGAGAAGGAUGGUAUCCUCAGCUUCACACCUGCCCGGCGUGUCGGAGGACGACGUGUGGUCUGCUACGAUGAUCGGUACAUUCUGAAGCUGGCGGCAGCGGUUGAUGGGAUAGUUGUCUCCAAUGACAACUACCGUGACCUAGUCAACGAAAAGCCAGAGUUCAAGAAGGUUGUAGAAGAGAGACUACUUUUGUACACCUUUGCAUCAAACAGGUUCAUGCCCCCUGACGAUCCCCUUGGAAGGCAUGGCCCAACUCUCGAUAACUUUCUACGUAAGGAGCCAACUGUGCCGGAGCCCCUGCCCCCUGAAUGUCCGUACGGCAAGAAGUGUACGUAUGGCAGCAAGUGUCGGUACCACCACCCGGAGAGGAAGAAUCAGCCCCACCAACUGGUCACGGACAAGCUCAAGGAACAGGCCAAGCAGAAGAUGCAGGAGUAUGCUUCCAAAGGGGUUGAUGAUAAGAAGAAAUCGAAGGACAUGAUGAAGAAGAUGCCAAGGAAGCAGCCUCUGUCUCGCACUCAGUCCGUGUUUCCAGCAGGACUCUCCGAUGAAUUCAUGGCACCGGCAAGUAUGUCUGGCACCGACCUCUCGGACAUGGCCAAGCCAGACAAGCCAGACUACAAUGACAAGUUAGAUAAGUUACGAAAGAACCUUGAACGAGCUGAGAUGGACCGUAAGGAGAUGGAUCGUAGGGUGUUUGCUGAUGACCGUAUACCAUCUCCGUCAUUCAUAGGGCGGCGAACUCAGAACUAUGAUUUCUCUAGCCUGGGCCAGCAGGACAACCAGUUGAAGGUUCCCCAGUCCCAGCCAAAGGAAGGGCUGGUGAGUGGACACCUCUUUCUUGCGAAAAAGUUAUCAGAUGAAGCGAAGGAUUCCAAAUUCUUCAGUAAGGACGGUGACAAUUCUCCUGAUGAAGUGAGCUCUGCAUCGCCCGCUCACUUCACAUACCCUCCAAGUCCCCAACGGCCCACAUCUCAGUCAUCUGGUCUGGGAGACAGUCCGUACCACCAUCGGGUUUCCCCGCAUCAAAUGCUCCAUCCCCAACAAGAACCUGGUGUCUGUCUGUCCGGCCCCAGUGCACUCAUGAGACAGGAUGGUUCGUCAGUAGGUUCAUUUGAGUUUGAUCAACAGUGCCAGAGUUUCCCUCUCCCACCCACCAGCUUCCUGCCUCAACACCAUCCCAGCAGCGGCGGCAAGAAGGGGCAGAUGAUGUAUUGGGGGUACCCGGAUGACGUGUACUCACAUUCCACCCUGCAUCAUGCUCCAAGUGCACCCAGCCAUUCCGGACAUGCAUCUGUGAGCCGGAAGAUACAGCACCAGAACAGCACUUCGGACCCUCAGUUGCAUAUGGUGGGAGCAGACGGCGAAUUGAAGUAUGACAGUGACAAAGGUAUGCAUCAAGUUUACUCAUCUCCAAUCCAUCAGCAGUACUCACCAUUCCAGCAGCCUCCGCAGCAUCAGACCGGUGAGGCAGGAUAUCCUCAAGGAGCAGGUUACAUGCAUGGCUGGAGGGAAGUGCCUCGGGACAUGAUCCCCCAUCCCAUACAGCGGACGUACUACCCCUCCCCACAGGAUCAGUAUUCUCCUGCUGGUCAGGAGAGGAAGGCCAGCGCAGACUACGGGGUUAGGAACAGACCUGGCAGCAUCCCUCAGUCCCCCAUCCCCAUCAACCCCUACAGCCCCCACUCCAGCAUGUCGCAUCUCCCCUUCCAGCAACAACAACCGCUACAGCAGCAGCAGCAGCAACCCAUGCAGAUGCACUCUCAGAUACCGUUUUCUGCCCAGUCCCCACAGCAUGUUAACACUCCCAUUGAAGUCAGUGACAGCCGAUACCCACUGUACUACCAUCUCUGUGGGUUGUUUCCACAAGCAAAAGUCACUGCGGUGAUGAACCAACACCCUGAGGAGACAGAUCCCAAGAUACUCUGUACAUACAUCAUGAGUCUAGGGGAACGCUUAUACUAAUGGCGCCACAAUACCUGAUAUCUUCCACCAUAUUUGUAUGGAAUCAGUGUCAGGUUCUCACAUUAAAAGGUUCUGUAUUUGACUCAUAACAAUAACACGGUUAGAUGCUUGAGUGUUGUUUUAGAAGAUGCUAUUUGAUGAAGAUAGAGAAUUUUCUGGGUUUCUUCUUUUUAUUUGUUGGUACAACGUUUCAGGGCUUGUUCUGGCCCCAUCAUCACCGGCCCUGAAACGUUGUACCAAAUAAUAAAAAGAAGAUGUUCAAUAACAGGGUUUGAUGGCUGGACCUGAUAGAGCACCUCUAAAACAAGUUGCUGUAAGUAAAUUCAGUUUCAGUUUCCAGAGAUAUGAAACACAAAAUGUAUGUGUUGAAAUAUGCCCUAGGACUAAGGUUUGUGCAUACCAUUAUGCUACUUCAAGUGGUAUCUUUAAGUCAUGUGUAGUUUUGGAUGUUAAUUAAUUGCUUUGAAAAUCGGUUUGAUUUAGCUGUCCUACAACAUCACACUAAUUUUCCACUAUUCUAAAGCUAAUUAUGUUGUUGCAUGGCGGUAUGCUAGUUGCUACGAGCAAACAUGGUGGAUAGGAUUGGGUAUUCUCAUGGUGUAUCAUAUUUACUGCAGUGCUUAGACCAGAUUCCCUUGCUAGUCACAGACUCCUUUUGAGAUAGGCCAGGUUGUAUAUCCACUCCACUUUAUACACCGACAUAUUUUAACCACCGCAACAGAAUCAGAUUAUUAGCAGAUUUAUCCUAUGUGAAAAGCCAAAGAACACUGCCGGUGACAGGCUUAUUUUACCUCUUUAAACAGGAAUACAAGAUUAAGAUGCAGAUUACCUUUCUUUUGUUAAAAUUCUGGAAUGAGAUGCUUUUUCUUAUUACUUUACAUAUUUAUGGGAUACAUUUGUACCAUUUGUAGAUUAUUUAGUACUACAAGUUGAUAUGAUUUGGUAUUACUUCUCAUCUUUCAAACUGUCAGCAUAUAUGAAAAAUUGCUGUACAAGUGGAAUGAAGAAAGGGGAAAAUUAUUACAACUUCUGCAGGAAGAUGUAAUUCUUCGGACUCCUGGAGUGCUUCGUUGACUGUAGUCAAUAUGUAAAACCUAGCUGCUCUCAGAUUUGAACUUACUUGUUUUAUUGCUGAUUAGAGCCAAAUACGAAAGAGUCGUAAACAUGUACCCACAAUUAUCAUAUGUGAUGACUAUCAUCUUCAUUUCUUGUGUCAGUAAUGCAUAAUGUAGUUUGAAUGUCAUUCUGAUUGGGAUUCAAUAUCAUGGUGAGUAGAUCCCGGGGAUUCAUCAUUAACGAAUGCUGAUGCAGCUCACUGGAUAAUGGCGGCUGCAUGGUCAGGUUGAUCGUCAUCGUGGUUGUUCUUCCAUAUUGUAAUAGCAUUUACUGUUCGGAGCUAGUAGCUAGUGAGUGAAGGGGGCCGGCCGCUGCUGCCUCAGCUGCUACGUACCAGUAGCUUUAUAUGAGCUGUAGGUGGCGUGGCAGUAGGUCAUAGGUUACUGUAACUGUACAAGUAGCUAUCUAUCAGUCCAAGCGUUGGUUCACUCACAAAAACGGGCAUUAUUCUGCUACUAGUAUCAUUUCUGAGUUUUUCAACUCGAUCGUCUUUGUGUGAUGUGUUCAUUUAAUUAUUAACGGAUGAAAUGGCAUCACUCUGCAUUUCAAAUUAAUAUUUUCUGUUUUCUUGUGUAUCAGUCAUGCUAUGAUUUUCAAACAGGUGCAUCUGUGUGUGUGUUAUAGAGAUACGAUGUAUUUUGAAUUCUUUUCCCUUUACUAAAAUGUUACCACUUUUAAAUCAGAAAUACCCCAGAAAGAGACCCGGUUUCUUCUCUAUUGACACCAUUUAGUGAAAUAUCAAUUGUUCAGGUUGACAUGUACACAAGAUAAAUGUAUUUAAUGAGUAAAUUUUCAUAAUUUUAUUCAGUAUAUUUUGAAUAUAUGUUUUGGCCAAUCAAGUGAUACAUGAUGAAAGACUGACCCCAAGGUCAACUCCGUGUCACGUCCAGCUGCUAUGGUCAGAUAACUGCUUUUCACACCUUUCUAAAGACCUUAGCUGUAGAAGAGUUAAUAAAUACAGAACCGUAACCUAAAUUUGUGGAUAACCUUGAUUCGUGGAUCGCGGAAAUUAUCAUGCUAGCUGUACAUACAAUGCCACGCCUCACUGACAAAAAAGUUCCAAAUC